AUGUAUGAAAGUAUUUUAGGUUCUCACAAAAUAUCUGCGCUAAGAAUCUGUUGCAGAUAUAUUAGUAACAGAAAUAUCUUAAAGUUAAGUGAUAGGGGCAUGUUUCAGGAUAUGUUUCCAGAAAGUGCUGCAACGGAUAUACUAAAAUUGUUAAAGAAAUCACCACAAACUGUAUAUGCUGGGUUUGACCCCACUGCAAAUAGUCUUCAUGUUGGGAAUCUUUUAGUAAUUAUCAACUUAUUACAUUGGCAAAGAGGCGGACAUAACCCGAUAGCAUUAUUAGGUGGAGCCACAGGCUAUAUAGGUGAUCCCAGCGGAAAAAGCACAGACCGUCUGGCAUUACAAAGUGAAAUAAUACAAGAGAAUAUUAAAUGUUUACAAAAAAAUCUAGAAAUGGUUUUUGAAAAUCAUAAGAACUAUAUAUGGUCUGAUGAUACAAGCAAGUUGAAUCCUAUAAAGAUUGUAAACAAUGAAAUAUGGUAUAGGAACAUAGAUUCCAUACAAUUUGUAAGUGAAAUUGGGCGAAAUUUCCGAAUGGGCACAAUGCUACUGAAAUCUAGUGUUCAAAGUAGAAUUAAUUCAGAAGUCGGGAUGAGUUUUACAGAAUUUGCUUAUCAGAUCUUUCAAGCAUACGACUGGCUGCAUUUAUUUAAAGAAUACGGAUGUAAAUUUCAGAUCGGUGGGAGUGAUCAAAUGGGUAAUAUAACAGCCGGUCAUGAAUUAAUUGGAAAAGUUACAAAAGAAAGAGUUUACGGUUUAACUUUACCAUUAGUAACUACAGAGGAGGGCGAUAAAUUUGGCAAAUCAGCAGGAAAUGCUAUAUGGCUUGAUCCUAAUAAAACUAGUCCAUACAGCUUAUAUCAGUUCUUCGUUAGAACCAAAGACAGUGAGGUUGAGAAGCUAUUAAAAUUGUUUACAUUUUAUAACUUGGGGGAAAUUAAAGAUAUAAUGAACAAACAUAAGCAACAUCCCGAUCAACGAUAUCCACAACAGUGUCUGGCUGAGCAGUUGACUGUUUUGGUUCAUGGCAAGGAAGGCCUAGAAAAGGCCCACAGAGCAACAGAAGCUAUAUUCAAAAAGGAUGUUAAUUCUCUAAUUACAUUGAGCUCUACUGAACUUGAACAAGUGUUUGAUGGAGCUCCAGUUAUUAAAUUGCUCUUAUCCCCUGGCAUUACCGUCUUGGAGCUAGGAAUGAAAGCUAAUUGUUUUUCUAAUGAAAGUGAUGCGAUGAGAAUUAUCCAAGCUGGCGGCUUUUACAUCAACCACCAAAAAAUUAAGAACUUCAACGAAGUUAUAACACAAUCUGCUCAUAUUUUACCGAAUUUUAUAUCCCUUCUUCGCGUGGGAAAACGCAACAAUUACAUAGUGAAAUGGACAAUAUAA